GGUUUAGGGUCAUAAGUUGAAAGCUUACCAAGGACGAAACAUGGCAGCUACGUCAAAGAAGGUUUUCGAGGUGUUUGUUUCUAAAAUACCAUGGACCGUAGCAAGCAAGGAAAUGAGGGAAUACUUUGGACAGUUUGGACAAGUCAAGAGAUGCUUCCUACCUUUUGACAGACAGACAGGUUUCCACAAAGGUGUGUGUUGGGUGGGGUAUGCAUCAGAGGAUGGCCAGCUCAAUGCUCUGCAGAAGGAGCCUCACAUCCUGGAGGGAUCCAAGCUUCAAGUCCAAAUGAACAGAAAAGUCUUUGCUGUGCGCAAGCCAUACACAGAGGCUGAAGAUAGCUGAAUUUGAAGGUGUCAAUGUAAACUGUGAAUGAACAAUGGAACCAGCUGAAUUUGAAGGUGUAUACAGUCAAUGUAAAUUGUGAAUGAACAAGGGAACCAUCUUCAUAUGUCAGCAGUCUUUGUUCUGGCAUUUUUGUUUUUACAAAAGAAGGGAGACAAUCAAAUCUCCAUAUUGUGUAACUGAAAAUAUUGCCCAGAAUGGAUAACUCGAUUAAAACAUGGCCAUGUAUUCUGACCUAUUCGAAUUGAUGUUGCUUGAAAGUUAUUGUAUGUUUUCUUUACAACCUCUCAUCAUUGAAGUUACACAAUAUAUGAAGCGGUGAUAAUGGAUGAAUGUGUUCAAAUGAGCACCACCUUGUCCGUCUCUCACAAUAAAGUGACAAUGUGACCAAA